AUGGGCAUAUACAGACGGCAGAGAGCCUCAGUAGCACUCUCACUCAGUUUUCUCUCUUUAAUCUUCUCCAUCACAGCGUUUAGCAGCAGUUACUGGUGUGAAGGGACAAGAAAAGUUGCAAAACCUUUCUGCACAGAUCAGGGAAAAGGGACUCACUGCAUCCGCUUCAAUAAUUCUGAUGUGAACAAUAGCAAUGCCGUGCAGUACAUCUGGGAGACCGGCGAUGACAAGUUCGUUGACCGAAAGUUUCAUGCUGGAAUCUGGUAUUCAUGUGAGGAGAUUAUUAAUGGGGAAGGUGAGAAAUGCAGAAGUUUUAUCAGUCUGACUCCACCUGCAGAUCGAGGUGUUCUGUGGCUGUCUAUUGUAGCAGAGCUACUUUAUAUCAUUUUGCUUCUGACUGGAGCCACUCUGAUGUCAAUAGAAGUGUGCUACUACAAUACAAUCAUUGAUGGGUUAAAGCUCAAUGCCUUUGCUGCGAUAUUUACUGUACUAGCAGGUCUCUUUGGUAUGGUCGCUCACAUGAUGUAUACAACUGUAUUUCAAAUGACUGUCAACCUUGGUCCAGAAGACUGGAGGCCUCAGAUGUGGGAUUAUGGCUGGUCCUAUUGCCUUGCAUGGAGUUCCUUCACUUGCUGUAUGGCUGCCUCGGUCACCACCAUUAACAGAUAUACAAAAACUAUUUUGGAAUUCAAGCACAAACAAAAAAAGCUGGAGAGAAGUUUAAAGAAUAAAUACAAGUUUCCAGAUCCUGGAGCUCCAGAGAAAGCUUGGAAUAUGUAUGUCAGCCCUUUUCCUAGCACUACAGAGGACUUCAUGCAUCAGCUAAAGGACAUUCAUAAUCCAGCCAGAUUUUCAAUGUUUGUAGAUUUAAAAAAUAUCCCUGAACCAAACUGUGAAGAGUAUUGCUAA